CGUGCGAUUGUGUUGUGAUUGCUAGGCUUUGGACUCAUAGGCGACGAACUCGAGGACUGGGGUGAAGUGCUUUUUUUCAUUUUUGGAAUAAUGAUGAAGUUGUUGUAACUUGCUGCGAGAUUGGUGAACGUGCAUUGUGCAAUACUGUCUUGUGACCUGAGUGAAUUCAGUGGAAGCUGUUAACAGCUGAUUACCGGAUAAGUUUCAGCUCUGUAUUGACCUCGAACGGAAACUGGUGACUGCUCGUUCUGGCCGAGUUCCGGUUUCGAUAGUAAAGCAGAACUUGGAGUGUGGCCUGUAAAUUUGUCACUUCACCACCAUUUCGAUAUGACAGUGCCGUGAGUUCAAAUCUUGUGGUCCCCAGCAGCACCAGCGCAGCGCAGUGGCAGCAGUGUAAAGUAAUAGGCACAGGCUGUGGAAUGAGGCGCGAAGGGGGGCAGCUCGGCUAGCUGCAAGAAGGUGGUGAAAUCGAUAUUGUGCAAUUGCGAUCGAUGGUUGUUUUCUUUCGUUUCUGUACUUUGCGCCUGGCGAUGCACAAGGAAAGCAUAAGGGAAGAAAAUGUGAAAAUUGUUAUUUGAUCGGUUAGUGAUUUUUGUGCGUGUAUUGUAGUUAUCAAGGCAAGGUGCGAGAAAAUGGUAAAAUUUAAUUGCUAUUAAGGCAUGUGAAUCCAUGUUGGCAGAUUGCAUCUCCGAGGAAAAAAUCAAGGAAGCGUAAAUUAACCACCAGAAAUCCCAAGUGCACUGAAAGAAACACAUACUCGAAAUCCAUGAUCGCAAACAUUGUGCAGUUUUUCGAUUUGUUUUGAGCGUUGAAGUGCUACGUUAGGAAGAAGAAGAGAGGAAGAUAGUGAGCGGGAGGAAAAACUACUUACCGACGAGAUGGGGCACUUUGAAUGCAAAUCGGUUGCAUACAUAUGCAUUCUGUUGCUGAAUGUAGGAUUACAGUUGCAGCAAUCGUCAGCACAGCAAAGCAACUUCUUUUUCACCCAACCGCAGCGUGGCUUCGUGCCGUCGUUCGAAAACCCUCGGAACGGGUUUUUUCCUUCGGCCAUUCAGCGAAAUCAACCACCCGACUCGUACCAGGAGCAAACGCUGUUCGUCGGCAAUGGGCCUGGCAGCAGCAGCAGCAGCAGCGGUGGCCACCAUCGUCAACCGUCCAGCCGUGGAGUGGCCACCGGUAGUGCGGGAGAUUCCAGCGGAGAUGACACCAGCGGUCAACUGCCAUCGCGUAACGGUGUAACACCGACGUACUUUCAGUUCACCUACACGACACCAAGAAACCAGGAUAUUUUUGAAAUAUCACCUCGUCCGUUCUCGGUGACCCCUCAGCCGAACUCGGGCUUCCAGUUCUCGCGAGGAUCGAUACGCAAUUCCGACUAUUUCGUUGCACCGGCUUUGCCCAGUUCGUCAAGAGGCGGAGGACUUAGCGGCAGCGGAAGUAGCCACAGCUAUCGUCAAACCCAGCGGAAGAGUCCUUUCAGCAGCAGUGCCACCGGAACGAGUCUGACCGGCGUCGAUUCGCUUUCGACCGAAGGACCACAGCGUCCCCUGUCGGCGGAAACGGGCGGCAGACGUGACCAGCCGCAGUCGCUAACGUACCUCUCGAACCGCGCGCGACCAUUCGGCAACGAGGAUUCACAAUCGCCAUCGCCACCGCGGAGCUUCCUGGGUUCGACGGCGGCACAACAAAGACAGCAGGGCCAGACUAGUUCGACGCGGCAAUCGCCGUCGGCAGUGCGGAACGGUUUCCGCCCGAAGACGGAAGAUCAGUCCGGUGCUGUUCAGCAGCAGAAUGAAACAAACAACGGCGGGAGCAGCACCGGUAGCAGCAGCAGCAGCAGCAGUAGCAGGUACAGCAGCAAAACCACUUUGAAGCCCAAUCGAUAUCGAUCUACGACCACGGCGGAACCGGUUACCGCCAAAAGCACAACCGUUGAGAGCGUCGCGUUGAGGAAUCGAUUUCCCGGACGGACCGCGGCACCGAACCCUUUCCGCCAGUCUUUCGAUUCCAAACGAGUAAUUGCAUCGAAUACAGCGAGCACAUCGCGCGGCACCUUCGUCAAUUCGAUUAAAACGAAAACGUCCACAUCCACAACGACAACAACGACAUCGACGACGACAGCGAAAUCACCGGCUUCGCAUUCCCGUUUCAUUCACCUGCCAGCGCGUCCCGUCAUUCCUUCGAUUAACAUCACCCACAACGGUUCGGCGAAGUCGGCCGAAGUGAUCUAUGAUUACGACGACUACGUGGAGGACGCCAAGGAUAGUAACGAUUUUACCGAUGAGCAGCAAGAAAUCGUGGAUCUCAAAUCUACUGCAGUGAAAAAUAGUUCGACCAGCUCUGGAAGAGAGGAAAAGAAACUGUUCUCGAGUAGCACUACCAAUGCCCCGACAAGCACAACCGGAAAACAAUUCGAGAAUGAAGAACGAGGGGGUAGUUUGAACAACAUAAACGAAAAUGAGUAUUAUGACUUGAUACGGGAAGGCGACGGACGAAAUAAUGAGGAGAAGAUCGAGGAUCAUACGGUUAUCCUGACGGACAACUUUUACUUGCCCAACUCAGGAUCAGAAGAAGUGGCUGAUGAGGAACUUGAAGAGGAAGGAGAAGAACUGGAAGGUGAAACCGAACAGCCCAAAAAGGAAGCGCCUCCUGUAGCCCCUGUGCAGCAAGACCAAAACAAGGAGGUUGUUGAAGCGGUGUAUGACGACGAUUACAUUUACGAAGACGAAGAGCCCGUUGUUAGUACUACGGCGCAAGCGGAAGUAAAACCAACAACCCCUGCUAAGAAAGAAUUACUAGAUGAUAUUGAUACGUUGAUUUAUUCAGAAGAAGAUGCUAAGGAUGAAUCGUCCGCUAACCAAUCCUCCGAGACUGCGACGACUCGCGCAACACCGGUAGAAACCAGUUCAACGACAACCGCUGCGACACCGAUUGUAAGCUCGGAAUCCACCAGUCAGGAGAUAAGUACGACUACAGAACGAACUUUAAAUAGCUCAUUGGAAACGGAAGUGACCUCCAAUGCCACCACUGAAAGUUGGGUCGUCAUUGCAUCUGUUCAAACUAGCAGAAGUGUGUCUGGAGCACGUUUUUUGCCAUUCCCACAAGUAGAACAGGAUGAGAAAAAACAAAGUUUAUCGGAAUUGGAUGCGAAAAACAGCAAUGAAAGUGACGAACCGGAUGUGACGACGGCAAGUAGUCAGGAGGUGGAGAAAACAACUGUUUCACCACAGGAAACGGUUUUAUCGGUUACGGAUGAUAUCGAUACACCCACCACUGAGAAGACGCUCAGUUCUUUGUCCACAGAGAGUAUUAUAGAUAAAUUGGACCGAGUACAGUCGGAAUUGUCUAGCGGCGUUUUGACUGGAAAAUUCCCGGUGCUGAAAGAAAUGGUAACUGAAGAUUCCAGAGUUCCCACUUCUUCGUCGCUACCAUCGGUUGUCAUCCGUAAAUUCCAACCUAGAGUUAUUACCACCAAGAAACCUCGUCCAGCCUUAACGACUUCACAAAGGCCACCAACAAGCACAGAAAAUCUAGCCAAGAAGAUUAAUUUUGAAGCCAUUGCUGUGGAUGAUCUAUCGUUCCUAUUACCGGCCGAUUACAAACAGAAAAAUGCUUAUAAAGUGAAGAAGUUCGGUGCAAGCAGUACAACUCACGAACCACUGGCAGUUGCCAAGGACGUGCUGAACGAAGAACCUCUGAAACCAGAGUAUGGUCGUUUCCGUCCUGCAAACAUUAGCAGAUCGUACAAAAGCAACGCUCCAGUUCAAGAAUUGAGCUCCUUAUUUCCAAAAGAUUAUCGGACAAAUCGAACGGAGGAGGAGCUUAAAACAACAAACAACCUCAAAGAACUGAUAAGUAAGAUUAAAGUUAACGAUAGAUCAAAUACGACUUUGGAUGUCCUGAAAAAAGCACAACCGGUAGAUAUCAGUUCAUUUUUACCACCUGGCUAUAAGCCACCUGCUGAGUCGGGCCCUAGUACAAAGGCUCCGAUGGCUGCUGUCAUCGAAGAUGAAGUAAGUAAGUUGCUUCCUCCAGGGUACAAAUCGUUCAAGACUACUAAGAAACCCACGACCACAACGGUUUCGCCGACUAUCGUAGAUGAUGUUAGUAAGUUCCUUCCACCUGGUUACAAACCUCCAAAGAGCGACUCCAAGUUUGUGUUCAACGACAACAUAAGUAAGUUUUUACCACCGGGUUAUAAACCACCGAAAUCUGAAACAAGCACAAGCAGCACGCCUGUGUUCAACGAUGAUGUUAGCAAAUUUCUUCCGCCCGGAUACAAACCACCAGCGGAAGAAAAACCGGAGCCUGAAGUAAUCGAUCCUUCUACUUUGUUAAGCAAGAUCAAAUUCAAGGAUGCUUCGGCCUUGCUUCCAACCGGUUUUAAUGAGUCUAAACCGGAAUCGAGCACUAGUAGCAAUCCAGCCGCAGGUGGCGAUAAAAGCUUCAAGGUCGUAUUUCCUAGUCGACCUGGCAUAAAGAAACCAGGAACGGGACGUUCAACAACUGCUAAACCUCUGCAUGCCGAAGGUCCUCCUACGCCUGAUAUACUUAUUCGCAAAGGACCUCCGACGCGUGCCACAACCGAAUUUACCGGUUGGCCAACACCAUCAACGACGCCACUGUCAAUUGAGAAGUUGUUGGAAAGACAAAAGCAGCAAGAGCUGUUGGAAAAAUUACUCGAACCACCCAGUACUACGACGACUACUACAACCACAACCACCACGACUACUACAACGCCCAGACCAACGGAACCAGGCCUGUGUCACACGGAGUGUGACCUAGCUGGAACGAUACGCAUUGUAGACGGUGUUAACUGGGUGCCGGAGCUGUUGGAUCACAAUACCGCCGAAUGGAAACAGUUAGCAAAGGACGUCGAAGCUCAGCUGAAUGAAGUCUACAGUAGAGCGCAAAAUCUGAGCAAAUGGUACAAAAAGGUGCGAAUCGAUAGUUUCAGCAAAGGAAGCGUCCUGGUGGAUUAUUUCGUGGAACUGAAAGAUCUGACACAAGAUGUCAACACGUUGGAAAUCAAAAGACUAUUCCACGAGGCGCUCACACCGGCCCCAGUGGUAACGACAACCACUCCUGAGCCAAGUACCGAGCUGGACGACGCAGACGACGACCUGAAGGUGCUAGGAGUGCAAACUAAAGAGAAUUUGCAAGAGGCGGUACCUCAUGUUAAGGAGGUAUUCCUGCUAGGUAAAUUCAAGGUUGAUCCAGUUUCGACAGAUUUUACUGUCAUUCCGAAACAGAUUCUCCCGACGGUAACUGCUGAGGAGGAAGAUUUGCUUCUACCGCAGUGGGCAAUAGCCGUUAUCGUGAUUGGACUGGCAUCACUUCUUUUUGUUGUCAUUUUCGGCGUCUCCGUGCUAAUCAACCGCCAAAAGGCAGCUAAAAAGAAGGCCCCAACGCCUCUGACGGCAGACAUGUUGAACGAGCUGAAUAAGAACCACAUGGGAGGAAUCGAUAAUUUCGGAUCAGAAGACUUGUACAAUCUGGACGACAACUGGGACGAUCAUGAGCAUGACGUAAAACCAAAGCGCUUCUCCAACUCCAUGCAUGGCAGCAGUGCGUCCAACAUCUAUGAUAGUUGGCGCUCGCAGCGCCAUCCCGAUUACUACUACGACGAUUACGGCCUCAAGGGUUCGCAUUAUCCGCCGACGGCUAGCCACCAUCACCAUCAUCGGUUACACGACCCGGCUUUCAUGAUGCACGAACCGCCACCACCGCCGGUGAUGGCACUAUACCCGCCGUAUCACCAUGCGCCGGCACCUCCAAGUGGCCACUAUAACACCAACUCGCGGCGGUACUACCGAGAUUAUGAUCCCAAUUUUUAAUGGGCUUCGCUAUUCCCGCUUUGGUCAUCUCCUCGUCAUCCUUUCAGUAGUGCUCUGUUAUUUACCCGUCAUUCCAUCGUCCCUUCGUUUUUUUCCUUUCGAAUUUACUCUGAGCCAGGACCCCGGCUCGGACUGUCAGUGCUGUAGUUCCAUAGGUACUCCUCUUCCUCACUUUACGUGUCCAGUAAGGCUUUAUUAUUUAGUAGGAUAUUUUCCAAUGUAAAUAAAUUAUUUAUUUUGUAAAAAUGGACAGAAUUUCCA